CUGGAACGGUACAACCCUGAGGCCGUUGGUGCCCUCGAGGGCUACCUCACGGAGCAGUGUGAGCAGAAGUAUUGCGACUGUAAUGCGAACCGGACACUCCUCAAGCUGUGAGUCCCUGUUGUUCCUUCAUCUUUCAAGUUUUUGUCCAUGUCUUCAUUUCAACACUGGGGUUUUAUGAAGAGUUCUUGUCAACGUUUCCUAUUAGUUGAGGGCGGACGUAAUGGUAUCGACCUUGCGGCCUCCUUUGAAACGAAACUAUCCGUUCUGAGUGCAGCCCGAUUCUCCCUUAUUUUCUCGCUCUGUUGCUUUCGAGGAGACCGCUUUGUUGCUGACCUCUACGUGUGUCUCUCUCGCAUGGCAGGUACCAACUCAACCCGGACCGCAUCAAGGAUGAAGUCGUUACCAACGUCCUUGUGAAAGCCAUGACGCAGUUCCCCUCCGCCCAGUUCGCCCUUGCACUCCACCUCAUUAACCCCUCGGCGGCCGCGCAGGGCGAGCUUGCCGAGGCUGUCGCCAAGCUCCGCACCCUGAACUCCCAGCUGGAAGGCGCCCAGUACGCCCGCUUCUGGAACGCCGUGGACGGCGACGACCUCGUGGCCGACCUCAUCGCCGAUAUUGCCGGCUUCGAGGACAUGAUCCGGCAGCGAAUUGCCGUCCUCGUCUCCCAGGCCUUCCGCGAGGUUAGCCUCACGCAACUCGAGUCUUGGCUCGGCCUCAGCACCGAUGCCACAACCCAGUUCGUCACCGAGGUGGCGGGCUGGAAGGUCGGCGAGUCGGGCACCGUGUCGAUCCCUAGCAACCCUGACAAUGAGGCGAAGAAGACCGAAAUCAGGGAGGACGUCAAUGUGGAAAUGUUCUCAAGGGUUAUCCGGAGAUCAUGGGAGGAAGUUGCCUGAAGUGGAAACUCGAAAUGAUAUGUAGGUUUCCGGCAAGGGAUAUGGACAUCAUGACGGCAAAUUAACGGCGUUAUUUUUUACUUAGCUUUUUCACUGAGCUAUUUGGAAUCUGGGUUGGGGCCGGGGGCCCGGGGCCGGGGGCCCGGGGCCGGAGGGUUAAGAUGGGGAUUAUAGACGCCCAGGCACGAGGAAUGCGAAAAGUCUUGCAUGAUAUUCUGCUCUGGAUUGUGACUUGCUUUUCCGGUGCAAAUUUUUGAUCUUCAAGGGGAUAUGAACAGCCAUUUUGAUGCGCAAAGAAGAAAAAAAGCCUCCCAGAUAUCAGUUUGUCGCCAGCUCCUCCCACUGCACUCCGCACCAUUCCUCAAGAUAACC